AUGACGGGGUCUGAGGGCACAACGGAGCAAGCAAAUUGUGUCACUCACCACCAGUCGGAGGAGAAUUUAGAGGAGUGGCAGCCCAAGCUUCACGAUGGGAAAGAUGAAGAAUGUCAUGUAUCUUUAGUGAAUUCUUGGGUCCGGAGGGCAUCAAAGCCGCUUGUUUCUGCCUUCGCAGAUCCUCUGCAUACUGAAGGCGUCUCGUCUGCACCCAAAAUGAUACCGGCCAGUGAAUCUGUUUUGGCUACAUACUCUGGUAGUGUAGACCCAGGAUCACGAUCAGAGUCACAAGAUCAUGAUGGUGCAAGAGAUGAGGACGUACCGGAAAUAUCUGCUGACUCCAUCGCUGCCGCAGCUUCAGCUGCAGCCUUGGCAGCAACCGACGCAGGAGAGCUGCAGAGUACACCAUCCUCAGAGGAUAACCAAGCUUCAGCAACGAAACAAUCGUCUUCGGACAUGCCUCCGCCUUCUUUCUUGCCACGGCAGCUUCGAAUGAAACGGAGUAGCAGCAAAGCUACUCGUAACCAGAUUUCGACGCCGGCUCAGACACCAAUUACUGAUAAACAAGCAGUUUCAGUUGCCCCCCCCUCGUCUGCCCACUCUACAGAUAAUAGUAGUGGCCAUGCGACGGCUUUGACGGAGCAACAAAAGGGAAAGCAAGAGCAAAGUGAAAAUGCCCAGUCGGGUACAAGUAAUCGUGGGAAUGUCGAUGAUGAAUUCAUGCUUUUCAUGAAAGAGAUACAACAGCUUGAUAGCCAUGGAGUAGUUGAAGCAGAUUCAGCUACGGAAGAUGGGCAGUCUGAUGAAUUUGAAGGGCAUGACACCCAAUCAGGCAAGGAUCAGUCAGAAAAGUCAAGUCAACCGGUGCUUGAAAGCCUGCAUGACAAUCCCAACGACCGCGAGACCUCCCAACAGUCAGAGCAGGAGGUAGUAUGGCAGGCGGUGCUAGACGCCGCCUCUGGUAAAACGUAUUACUGGAAUGUAGUCACUGAUGAGGUUACAUGGGAGUUGCCCAGCGUUUCAGUAGGCAGUGGUUCGACGUUUGUAGGGACGCAGCAGCAAGAGCAAGCGCAACACGACCUAUGGCAGUGGGCAUCCUCCAAUUUUAGAAUGACACAAGAUCUGCCGACUUGCUCGGAAAAGGUGCAGCAGCUCAUGUUACAGUUAGAUUUCAUUGAAGAAGAGUUGGACGCAGUGUACGAAUGCUCAAAGUCUGCCCACCCAGCACAAUCCGCUGAAGAAGCCCACGUCAGUCUGCGGCUGCAGCGCUUUCGUUCAUUGAAGCGUCAGCGAGAGCAGCAGCGCGAGCAGCAGCGACAGAAGCGCUCAUGUGAAGCGAAAGCUAGUGGUUCGGAUGACGAGCUUCUGAAGGAACUCAUUGAUCUCCAGCUUCAACAAGACCAGCAGCCUAGCCCUACUCAGUGCGCAACAUGCAGGCAGCGCGUUGCAGAAUCAAGAGGAACACAGCACGAGCAAGCCAAGGUUCGCUCGCUUGCUUCUUCACUUGCGCGGCGCCUUGGAAAGGUGGAAAAGGAAUGGGCCUCCACUAUGCUAGCCGCUUUGAAGGCUCGCCUGGACGACUGGAUAGAUGGAGGGCUCAGUGGAUCCUUUUUCCUUCUGAGGCUAGAUAAAAUGCAACAGGAAUUUCAGAAACAUCUAUCACAAGACGUAGAGGCACAGGGUCGGCAGCAAGAAUUAGCGUCGGUUUUCCCAUAUUCCGCCGCUGCAGCCGCUGCGUCAGCCAGUCCAGCGACAAAGGCCACGCCACGGAACUGCUUGGCUGCUGCAACUGCGGUGUCUUCGUUGGAGCGCGGCGGUAGCGGACGGAUUUCCAAUACUUUGUCGGAUGCAGAGGCUGUGUUAAAAGUUUGCAGUAACCCCAUUGAAGACUCGCCGGCAGCCUGUGUUUCCCCUCCUACCCCUGCAGGACCCCCACCGACGCUUCCCGAUGAUGCACCCCCUGCAACAGCAGAUGUCACACAAGGGGGGGCGACACCAGCAGCAGGUAUGUCGCUGGUUGUUUCGCGUGAUUUGCAUACGGUCGAAGGCCUCUGGAUGGGUCUCUGCCUAGCCGUGGUCCUCCCCACGGUAGCAGUUUUUGUUCGUGUGUGCUGCGCUGUCCGUGUUGACGCCUGGGAACUGCCACGCGAUGGAGUCCAAGCACCUGGUUUGACUGGACUGGCUGCAAAGCGCACCAUUAGCGGCUCGGGUGCAAAAAAAAUGAGCUCAUCUAACCCAUUAGUGCGGAAACGCAUGCAGCUCGUUGAAAAAUGGCAGAAAAGCAGGGAAAAGGACGAGGAAUCAGAGGAAGAGGACUACGAGCAGCGGAAAGAACGUCUGAAGCAGAAAAAACUUGACGAGUGGAAGGAAAGAGAAAUGGCUAGCCGGAGAGGAAUGCAAAACGCGAACUUCAUCGAAGUUACAGCAGACUGGCGAAGCCUGGUACAAAGAAAAUGA